AUGCCUAUCGAUUAUAGCAAGUGGGACAAACUUGAACUUAGUGAUGACGACGACUUUGAAUGUCACCCAAAUGUUGACAAAGCCUCUUUUAUAAGAUGGAAACAAGCUGAUAUUCAUCAAAAACGCGAAGAAAGACGUCAAAAAAUUCAGGCUCUUAAGCAAAAAAUCGCGCAGAAUGAGGUUUUAUUUUCUCGAAUUGAUGAUAUGAUAAAACAGAUUGAAAAGGAUGGCGUAGAUGCAUUCUUGAAAUCAAUAAACGAAUUACGCGAAGCAAACAGUAAACUGGAAAACGAAACUAAAAAUGAUGAAUCGACAAAUCAGGAAGAAGAUAACCCACCCAAAUAUCCAAGUUUUGAUCAAAUGAUGGCCAUGCUAUUCGAUAAAAUUCAGAGUGAAAUCAAUAAUGAAAGUCCCGAAGAAGUUGGUGAAGAAUUGGUGAGGAAGUUGAAAGAACAUUGUAAUAAAUUGAGUAAAGAUCAAAAAGAAGCUAAAAAAGAAUUGGAAAAGGAAGAAAGGGAAGCUAAAAAGAAGAUUACUAUGGAUGACAUUCAUACAGGCAUUAAUAGUAGUUUUGCAGCUAUUAAAAAUUAUGAUGACAGUUACAAAUUUAUAACUAACCACCCUGAAGUGGUAGAUCAAGACAUAUCAGAUCAAAUUUUGGGUGAGGCAUUCCGUGCGCAAUUAAAAGGAAAGGACAAGUAUGCCAAACAAUGUGUACAUCAGGGCUGGUUGUUACAAUACUGUCAGAAAUUAGGAAAGGAUGGUGUUACACUGUUUUUCAAAAGAAUAACGUCACCGGAUCCACAAGCACGUGAAGUUUUUUUAAAGGAUGUUAAUGAGACUUAUGAACGUAUUCGUGAACGUUGUAAGGUAAUGAAUGCUGAGAAGACGCAAAGGCCUCAAAAAGCUCAGGUGGAACAAAUUCAAAUAGAAGUUACCGAUCCAAAUACUUCUCUCAAUGUUCGUAUUCCGGAUGGAAACUCGGAGGAUGAGGAUGAAAAAACUAGAUAUCAAACCUUCCUGAAAUUGCCUGAGAAUUUCCAAGAAGCCUUAAAAACCGGCGAAUUAACAAAGAUUAAUAAGGUCUUAGGCGCAAUGACAGUAGAAGAAGCGGAACGUGUUUUAGACAUAUGUGGAAAAGCAGAUGUUUUGUCACUUGAAGGCGGUAUUAUUGAUGCCACUCAAGGUCAGACUAUCCCCGGGCAAGUUAUCGAUAAAGAUGAAUAA